AUGGAUACGACGCUUUACAGUGAGGUAAAUCGUCUCGAACGCGGUGACUUUCUUCUUUUUCACAGUGUGCAGCUCUCACAACACGAGCGUGACGUGCAGCGGUACUUCUUUGGAUGCUACUUUCCGCGCUGGCGUGGGUUCUACCUGGAGGAGGUGAGGGAUAUGCCGGGCCCUCUAGGCUACAAGGUGCAGCGACACUUUCCUGCGUAUCCCUUUGACGUGUAUCUGAAGGACAAUGGUGAACACUUUCUCACGGAUGACUUCCAGGAGGGUUCUAUAUUCACUUUGGGAGCCUCGCAAAAUCAGCGUGACGGCGACUCGAAGCGAUAUAAAGUAGUGCACUGCGACGAUAGUCGUUUGCGCACGCGCACGGGCACGACUCUUGCAGACAUUGGCAAUGACAUCACGACGAAGUUGAAUCAAACACACCGUGUCCCUGGCGAGGUGAUAGAUCUCCUGCGUGAGAUUAGAGAUGCGUAUGUUGUGUAUGCCGGCAAUGGCAUUCCUGAGAUUGGCAUCAAGGCAAUGGGACGUCACUUUCGCCACGUCAGCGAGGAUGGAAAGCGGUGGAUGUCGUUGGAGAACAUUGGAAAGCUUGUUCGUGACUCUCGUGCCUUUUCCACCACAUUGUCAUUUGAGGACACGCAGAAGACGAAUUCCACGAUUAGCAAUAAUGCAAGGAGCAUUCAUGAAGCCUUUCCGCAGAAUGAAGAAGGCUGCAUUGACUAUGAUUUAUUCAUGGACUACGUUCGUGGGCCGAUGAGCCAAAAACGGAAGGAUGCCGUCUGGGAAAUAUUCCGCAAGCUUGACUUUGAUGGAGACGGCUACCUCAACAUCUUAGACAUUCAGGCCCGCUACAAUGCGCAGCAGCACCCUGUGGUGGCGGUGGAGAGACUCUUCUCCGCGGACAAACUGCUCAAGGGCUUCCUCACCGUUUGGGAUGAGAACAAACAAUACGGGUUGAUCCCAUACGCCGAGUUUAUCGACUACUACAACGGCGUCAGCGCGGUAAUUGCGGACGACUACAUCUUUUUUGAUAUUCUCCGAAACCAAUGGAAGGUCAUGCGUGACUGGGGAGGGACGGUGGGGACGAGGAGAGGGAAGUGUGAGGUCCCGACGAUGUAA